AUGUCCCACAAUCAUAAUAUUUCCAUAAAUUCAAUAACAUCAAUCAUAGAACCAACUACUCCCCCAAACCUUUCUUCUCAUCAACAUACCCCAACUACAUCAUCCUGUUCUACUUCAUCUGGAAAUUUUCAAGCUCAAAAGUUAUUUAGUAAGCCUGGUACUAAAACAAAUAUUUGGGAUACUUCAAAUAAAUUGAAUCAUAAUUUGAACUUACCAAGUUUUGCUAUUGAUAAUGAAGUUUUGUCUACUCCGUUAAUUAUGCCUUCUGGUGGUGGUGCCGGUGGUGGUGCCGCCAAAGCUGGAUCUAUUUCAUCUGCCACUACUACUACAAGCUCAUCACAAACUUCACUUAGGAAAUUGUCUGUUGAUACUAAUAACGUGUCUCAGCUGGCAUUCGAAACUGGUCAUUCUGAUAUGGUAGCUGCUGGUGGUAAUAAUAACUUGGUAGAUUCUUUUAAUGUUGCUUAUGGUGUAUCUAAUGUUGGUGAUAACAAAGAAAAUAUGAUUUCUAAAUUGACAAUUAGUAGUGAUGAUGCUACUCCUUCAUCGAUGGUUUCUACCCCUCCAAGUUGUUCUACUCCAUCAAUCAAAAUUCCUCAAAAGAUUGAUAAGGAAUAUCUUGCUUCAAUCAACAAGUUACCAUUAAUUCAAUUAAAACUGGAAAUUUUGAAACUUUCCAAAGAUCAAUAUGGGUGCCGGUUUUUACAAAAGAAGAUUGAUGAAAACUUAAUUCCAAAUUAUCAAGUUAGACAUGCCAAUUUUGAGAUUAUUUUCAAGCAAAUUUAUCCUUAUAUGUAUGAUUUAAUAAUUGAUCCAUUUGGGAAUUAUUUGAUUCAAAAAUUGAUUAUUUAUUGUAAUGAGGCCAAUUUGAACCUUUUAUUGGAAAUAUUGCAAGAGAAUUUGUUUCAAAUUUCAAUUAGUCAACAUGGAACAAGAGCAUUGCAAAAGAUUAUUGAUAAUUUGAAUAAUUCAUAUCAAUUAGAAUUGUUAAUCAAAGGGUUGAAGCCAUAUAUAAUAGAUUUGAUUAAAGAUUUGAAUGGAAAUCAUGUUAUUCAAAAGAUUUUGAAUAAGUAUCAACCACAAGAUUGUCAAUUUAUAUAUGAUUCAAUCAUUGAUGAUUUAUAUAUUGUUGCUACUCAUAAACAUGGAUGUUGUGUUUUACAAAAGUGUCUCAAUCAUGUUACACCAGCACAGUUGCAACAAUUUUCGGCGGCUAUAUUAAGAUUUGAUAAUUUUAAAUUGUUAAUUAAUGAUCAAUUUGGUAAUUAUGUUUUACAAUAUUUGAUUUCCAUCAACUCAUUUGAAAUGAAUUAUAAGAUUUUUGAAAACUUUGUUCAAUUUAAUAUUGGGAACUUGUGCAAUUUGAAAUUCAGUUCAAAUGUCGUUGAAAAAUUCUUAAAGAAUUGCUUCAAUAAUGAAACCAUGGAUAUGUCUUUUUCAAACUUAAAAUUUGAAUUAAUCUAUAAUAUUUUAAUUAAUGAUUUGAAUAAGUUGAUUAAUGAUCCAUAUGGAAAUUAUGUUAUUCAAACAUUGAUUGACAUCUUGAUUAAUCCUCAUGUUGACAACAAUCAAGUUGAGAAAUUAUCUUUGGUUUUACCGGAUAAGCAACAACAGCAAUCCCAUGAAUUGGAACAGAAUUCCUUGCAAAUUAUGAUUAUCAAGUACUGGUUUCAAAAUUGCAAGAUUGUUUCUAGCUUUGGUAAACGUAUCCAGUCGAAGAUUAAUACGAUUUUAAACAAUAAUUCUUCAACUACUACUUCUUCAUCAUCACCUGCCACCAAUUUCCUUUUUUCACAUCAACCAAACAUGUUGAAUAAUAAUAACAAAAAGAGUCAAAUGAAUGCCAAUGGCGAAUUUAUUGUUAAUGACUCAUUUUAUCUUCCUAAACAACAAUCACUUGGUUUUAGAAGCAGCUCUUCACCAAUUGGUAUUAUUGGUACAAAUAACGAACAAUCACCUGCUUACUUCAAUGGUCAUUCCCUUCAAAAGGUCAAUAAUAUGCCACAAUCCCAUCAAAAUAGAAAUUUUUCAUUGCCUACAAACUUGUAUGCUAAUAUCCCUACUAAUGUCAAAAAUAAUGGUAAUAUUAAUAAUGGUACUAAUAAUAAUUGUAAUGCUAAUAAUGUAUCACCUCCAAUUCAAGGUUCUACAUUUAGACCCCCUUAUCAUCAUGAAUCUGCAUCAAAUACUCCUAUUGGUAUGAAUCCACAAUCAGGCUUUGCUCAAAAUGAUUAUAUGGUUAAUGAAUAUUCAUAUGCCGGUCAUCAUCAUAAUCAUGCGCAACAACAACAACAACAACCAAUUAUGUCAUUGCAACAUCAAUCUCAACAUAUGGUUAAACAACCAAUCCCAUUGGAUACCCAUUAUAAUGCAAAUCAACCCUCAUAUUAUCCAAAUCAUAAAAUGACAAUGUCUGAUUAUUCUAACAUUCCAAAUGCAUCCCAAGCCCAAUCAGUACCUCACUAUACCACAACCAAUAUUAAUUAUGGUAACUAUACUCCACCACUUCCUCAAGGUAUGACUGGACCCCCUGAUCUUCACCAGUAUUACAGUCAACCACAAAUGUCUCAGCAACAACUUUCCCAAGGAAACCAAGGAAGUUUCCUUCCACCACCUCCACCACAGCAGCAACAACAACAACAACAACAACAACAACUACACCAACAGCAAUAUUAUAAUAACUUGCAAAAUACAGUUGUAAAUGGUCCUGUGCAUGGUCAUAGUCCUUCUUGGUCUUCUGGAAAUGGGCCUUUGUUUGGUUCUAUAACUCCAAAGUGGUAAACAUUGGGUACUAAUUGUGUUUGGUUUUUUUUUAUCUGUUUUAUUUACUUGUUUCAGUUUUUUUACAAGGUAUAGUUUCUGCUUUUAACUAUGCUGCUAUAUAUUAUACAUUUAUAUCCCUGCUGGUUCUGAGAGAGUUUUGUCAUUGGUUUCUUCACAUUUCACAUGAAAGAUUAUGAAGAAUGUUUAAAAAACCCUUUGUUUUUAAAGAAUAUCGUUUGUAUGUAUAUAUGUUUUGUGUUAUUAUCAUUAUGUUCUGUUUGCUUUAUUUGUUUAAAUUAUAUAGUUAUUAAAUACGUUUUUAAAUUAAUGUUCAUUUUCUUGCCGUCUC